AUCAGCCCCUUCCUCAUCCGAUCAAUAUUAUAAUUUUCAGAUUCAGUCAGAUGUCCUUCUGCUCACUCUGUCUUCUGGGUCAUCAGGAUCUUGUUAUAUCCUUUUCCGAAUACAAAUAACCUUCUUCCCCUGCUCUGAUUGCCGUGCUGGAAAUGAGUCGACAAGAGGUUGUCGAUCCGGAGGACCGCCAGAUCGUGGAGAAGUUGGCCAAAUUGCAGAGCAUGUACAGCCAGAUCGUUGGCCUUCGGACAUUGUUGCCGGAGAAGCUCAUCAAUCCAACCAGAUUCGCUCUGGAGAAUCCGGAUGGCUAUGACCCUGAGAAGCUUGCGACUUACUUGCAGGAUGCAGCGCAAGCGGGCAUUCGGGAAGUCGAAAGAUUCAAAAGGGACUGGCACAGUGACGACGUGCGAGAACUAUGGCACGCUGUGAAUGCUGGAGAUGUACCCCAGGGUGGAGACGCCUGGACGUUGGAUUACGAGAAUCUCCUUGUCAAGAACGGUGAUAAGCACGCCGUAUCAACCAUGGUAAAUGGCUUCAGCCAUGACUCGCAUACACAGACCGAUGCGGAGAUUACCAAGAUAGUCAGCGAUUUCCGAUCAAGACAUCCCGAGCUGAAAAUCAACGUGUUGGAUGCUGCUCAUCCUGUGCCAGUUGAUGUUGGCCUGGGCCAGCUCGAGUUCCGCAUCGAAAGAGACCAGUCUGCAAGUGACGCUACUUUCAAGGUAUUGGGCAAACCUGGUACCGAAACCUUUGCUCUGCGUGAUGAUAUCCUCGAGACCAUUCAGAAGGUUGGCGGCAGAAGCAAUCUGGCCGUGUUGUUGGAAACGACGGCUGCUUACCACGAUAUCAAGACUCGCGCUUGUGAUAAAUGCAACAAGCUGGUCAACACCAAAUUACAACUACCGCUGAUCCGGCAGUUGAAGAGUGCAACAAGCGACGGCAAGUUCGAAUUCCUGGCGCUUCAUCCAGACUGCGCGUGACGACAUCUGGGAACCAGUCUCAGCCCACCCGGCUUUUCGAGGCAAUGAGCAUCAUAGGCGUCUAGAAGUUCCUGAUGAACGAAAACUGGAGCCACCGCCAUGGAGGGCCAUAGUACGAGUCUCGGCAUAAAGCAUUGGUCGUAUGCUGUGCAGCGAGUAUCGGCACAAUGAAGCAUCAGCGAGGGUAAGACGGUGAAGUCAGCAAGUAUAACUUAUGGUGGGUUGCUAGCAACAUCAUGAUGUGCACCAGCGUUUUCUCUGCUUGAUGUUUCUUGGGAGCCUGUUAUCAUAAAGGGGUGGGACCUAGAAAGACUCUAGGGUCGAUAUUCGCAUGAAUCAGAACGACAAUCUGAGCAUGUUAACAAACAGUCAUCGUGGACAUGAACGAGUCUUGGGCUUCACACGGCUUGGCGACUCCUGGAGGACUAGACACGCUUCACACCCGGACAAGAAUAGCGGUAUCCGUGAAUGCAAUGUCGCCCUGUGAAGACUGACGACGAUGCAGCCACUCCAGGUCAAUCAAGAGGAAGGACAGCCGAGGGUACAUUGCUUCUGAACCUCAGCCCGUCUGCAGAGAUAUGGUACAUUGGCAACGGCGGCAAGACACCAGCCUGUGCUUUGUGCAGAAAGCAUCAGCUGAAUCGUAUCAACCACUUUUGAGGUGCAGAAGGCCAGCUGCCCAUCGGACCAAGGCCACAUCUCGCCAUCAGACCACCCCUCUACCUCACUCUCUGCAUAUUCACGUUGAGCAUGAAUGCAGGAUAGCAAUCGAUUCUGCUAGAAGUUGUUUGUUCAAUCACAUAUUCAGCAGCACUAGCAUUGUCUGAACGACCUUCCCAACGAGACACGUUAUGAUGGAAAGUCUUUCCGACGCCGAAAAGUUGACUUCGGUUACUGUUGGCGGGCACAAAGGUACCUCCAAACAUGUGCGACUACAAUCGUGGGAGUGCUUGACCGGCAGCUGCGCCAACCUCAGCCUACAAAGACCACCACCCACCACGACGAAGGCUUCGACUUGGACGACCGGAGCAGUGUCGGAACAAUUCCAACCCUCGAGAAAGCGAACGUCUGAUGGGAGCGUCAAGGAUGAUCAGGCUUGGAAGACGUCCGAUUUGGAGGACAGUCUGCUUUCGAUAUCGAGCUUAGAGGAUACUACACAAGUUCAGGUGGCUAUGGACAUGGACAUAUUGCGACGUCGGAUUGCUACCAUUCAGGCUUGGGAGAGAGGCGCCGUGGCAAGAUCCUGUACAGGGAGACGCGACCACGCGGCAGGGAAGCAACAAGGAAAGGGUAGGAUUAGCAGCGACCAGCGACAGAACAGCAUUUUGGAUUGGAAGGAAGAGGUCUUGCGUUGACAGCCGCGGGCAAGAAAAGGAGGAAAUAUCAGGGCACUAUCAUGUGCAUGAGUAGCAGGGCUGGUGUUCUUCCACGUUGACAACUAUCGGCUUGCACGAUGAAUCCAAGCAAUGAGGCAGGUUGUAUCUCAGUCUGCGAGUGCAUACUCAGUUCAAUGAAUAAUGAAUGAUGAAUCUGGGC